AUGUACCCGAAGAAGAAGAAGAACGACGCGAGUGGAAUCUACGUGAAGCUGGACCACGCCCUCUUGGUGGGCGGCAUCAAGGAUCGGGCGAGGCGGUCGAGUCGUCGGCGGCCUGGCUGGGACUACGUAUCCUUCCCUGCCCCCGCGGCCAACGAGGGGACGGGCGUCCUGGAGAAGGCCCUGGAGAGGCCGCUCGAGGCCGAGCUGUAUCUGUCCAACGCUCACGGCUAUGGGGCCUCCUUGUCCUGGUUUCGCUCUGGGCUGGCUGGCGCGUGGAGCACAUGGAGCUGGGGGUCGACGGUGGGCUUCGCCAUCUUCUCCGGGGGAGCGGCCGUCUCUGGCAACCUGUGGCGGUGGAUGCGAUGGGUGAUGGAGGAGCUCGAGGAUGGCCACCACUCGCUCCUCGUAGCCGACUACGUCCGAGGCGACUGGCGCGACCUCUACCUAGGCGGCAGGCUCGAGACUUCCAUCAUGAUCUUCACCGCGUCUGUGGCCCUCGGGCCAAGUCUCUGGAGUUGCUGCCGGCAGAUGUCAUCGCCACGGCUAGCGGGGGAACCGCCUCCAGGGAUCGCCAUGGACAGCGACGGGGAGGCGGGCCCCUCCAGGGCGGGUCCGUCGGACGAGUCGAUGCCAGCCAAGGGCAUGCAGGAUAUGCCAGCCACGGGGAGCAACCUGUUCGACAAGAUCAUCCAUCCACGGGAGCAGGCGCUGGCCGACCUCGGGAAGAUCGAUGCGCUGUCCACCGUCACCCGCCUUGCGGGCACCACCUCCCCCGUGGCGCAAGAGCUGCGGGUCCAGACUUACGGGGCGGACGUCAGCUUGGGGAAGUUCGCGACGGACUGGGUUCGCCCCAGUUGGCCGAGUCGCGACCACCUCGGCCACCAGAUGAGGCUACACCGCAUGAAGCUGGAUCGGAGGUCGGAGGCCUCGCCCGAGAUCAGCCAGACGGCGAGGUACGAGAACCUGCGCGCCCGAGUCUACGCGCUAACGCGGGCGUUCGAGGACGUGACAGGCAUCAUCGACGGGAAGCAGCCUCGGGACAGCGGGGCCGACAAGUGGAUGUCCAGGGCGUGCUGGGACCCCGCGGACGAGCUGGACUGGAGGUCUCUCACGGAGGGCGAGGAGGCGCUCGCGAGAGUGGAGCGCUACUUGACGGCCAGGCUGCAGCAGAGGGGUCUUCAACAUACGUAUCCGCAGAUGGAGGGCUCGGACGCGGCAACGGAGGAGGACGAGCAGACGGGGGGAUGGCCGUUCCUCGAGACCGAGACCCUCUGCCGGGCUGGCCGCUGCUGCCCUGGUCGGGCCGGAGCGGCCGAGGGCGCUGGGCCGUCGGCCACGUGGGAGCGGGCGACACCGCUCCAGAGGGCUACUUCGAGGAGGCUCCGGGAGGCGUGGCUAGCUUGGGGCAGCCAGGUGGCCGCGAUCAAGGUGGACGAGGGCGUGGUGGUCUCCGUCGACGCGGGGGAGUCUGCUCGCCCGCCACCAGAGACCAACCCUGCCAGGACCGUGGACAUCUGCCCGCUCGCCACCGAGGACCUCCCCGACGGUACGGGAAGGAUGCCACGCAAGCCCAACCCCGCCAUGGAAGAGGAGUCGAAGGGCCCAAAGGUCUACCGAGAUUCGUCUUUCCGAUCGAGGACAUUUCUUCCCAUCCUGGUCGAGAAGCCCUGGGAUGCAGGGAUGCUGAGGACAACCGACGAGCUGGUCGAGGGCAUGCCGCUCUUCGGGGUCAUCCAGAAGGGCUGGCGGGAGGAGGCGGACCCCCUCGGCCCCGUCAGGCGCCAGGUCCGCGCCAUCUGGGACUGGAGGCGGGCCAACCUUCGCUGGCAGACGCCCAUGCACGGGCCCCUGGGCAGCUCCGCGACCCUGACCAACCUGGACCUCUCCAAUCUCGGCGAGGCGGACGUGGUCUACACAGGGGUGGGCGUUAUCCUCGACAGGUUCGACCGCUUCGAGACGCCGCCCGAUGUCUGGCUCUACUUUGUCUUGGAGGGGCUGCCCCUCCACGAGUUCUUCGACUACAUGAGGACCACAAGGCAGGGCUACGUCAUCCCCUGUGGCGGGCCCCUCUUGGCGGUGAAGGUCUUGGUCAAGGGCCGACCGUGGCCCCUGCCUCUGGCCUACUCCAGGCCGAAAGCUCUCACGGCGCGCAGGCUCUGGGCGGACACCGGGGAUGCGCGCCUGGUCCACGGGGCUCCGACGCACCAGCGAGGGGAUCGAGUCGUGGGGUGCGGUCAUUCGAUGCCGACCUUACACUGCCUCGGCCAAAAUCGAUCGCACUUGUGGCCUGACUCUGGCGGCGCUGGGGCUGGCGGCGCGGACAUGCUGGACCCCGGAGCCACCGGGAAGCUGUGGGCGUGGGCGGCCAUCUCUCAGCGCAUGGGCUUCGCCAUCCGCGGCCGUAUCUACCGCGAGAUGAGGCGCCCAGAGGCCGCCAGGACGCCGUUCUGCCUACCAGACGCGGCGAGGUGGGGGCUGACGACGAUGGCCUGCUGCGCCACGCUCAGGCACACGGAUCUCGAGGCGCCCUGGCUCUCGCAGGUGUCUAUGACGGGUAUGACGGAGUCCAAGGACAAUGGCCACGGGGUUGCAGUCACCGAGGCCUCGCUGGAGGAGAUCAGGACGGCCACGGGCUACACCGAGAUCAGAGGGGUGACGAUCGCCACCGACCUCUGGGUCCCCCACGUUUGGGGGCGUACCUACGGCGUGGACGAGCUCGCCGAUGCAUCGGCUACACCUCCGCCGCGGGUCAGUCGGAGGGUCGACCAGGCGCUCUACCUCUUCGCGGGCAGGCGCCGAGAGGGGGAUCUGGAGGAGGCCAUCUACGCGCGUGCGGAGUGCGACGGCUACGACAUCCAGAUCUGGUCCAUCGGCUCGGUGAUCGAGCCGAAGCACGACCGCCCCAACGACGAGCUGGUCAGCGCGAUUCGGGGUCAGACGCGCGACGGGCACUUCCACGCAGUGAUUGCCCCGCCGCCAUGCCCUACCUGGAGUCGAGCGUGCUUCCCGAAAGAGAGGCCCAGGCCCCCGCGGACGCGCCUCGAGCCUUGGGGGCGGAGCGACAUACUACUCACUACCUUCGAGCACCUCCGCCUGGACCUUGGGUCGCGCCUCCUGCUCACGGCCAUGCAGGCGGUCCGCGAGGUCUGCCGAACUGGUGGCCCGUGCUUGACGGAUCACUCCGCGGACCCAGAGGAGGACCUGUACACGGCUAUCGGGAACCCCCCCGAGAAGGCCUGCCUCGGCGAGGAGGCGGGCGGCCAGCUCCCUCAGAUCGAGCAGGGCCGCUACGGAGCUUCGCCGAUGGAGUCGACCAUGAAGGGCAUCUUCGGGGUCUACGACGACGCACUGGACCUCGCCGUGGGCCGUCUCCGCCCGGGAGGCAACCACCGAGGGAGGCAUCCAGCGAUACUCGAGGGGCGAGUGGAGCGGGGCCGCCCCGACAUCUGCACCGCCGCCGCCCAGGCUUUCCAGCCCCCGCGGUGCGCCACGCGAGGGAGGGCGAUCCUCGAGGCGUUGGCCCGCAUGACGAAGGAGAUAAAGGGCCCCGAUCCAGCAUGCGCGUGGGCCUCUCCAGCUACGACGCCAUUCGGGCCGCCGAGGCCGGGAGGGGCGGAGAUCGAGAUCUUCCCCGCUGCCCCGUGCUUGGGCGCCACCUGCGAGAUGGCGGCCACUCUACCCGACCUCACAGUCUACGCGACCUGGGCCACACAGGCGUGGGACAACUACGAGAAGGAGACGCACCUGGGCAUCCGCGAGGGCGGCUCCACAAGGCGAUUCACCCGCCUCGUGGCGGACGUGAUCACGGCACAGUGGGCCCCGAAGGUGCGGGAUAUUCUCAGCAGCCACGUCGACAAGGGUUGGGGGCCUCGGUGCAAGAGCGCCAUGGGCCACGCCCUGGCCGACUACAGGGACAUAAAGAGCAGGACGGCCUGGAUGCCGAGACUUCCCGAGCUGGGGGGGCCCCGCACCAACUACAGCAAGCAGCAGAGGCAGCCGGUCGACAGCAACAAGACGAACAUGAAGAUGAAGAAGGUGAAAGAGGUCGCCACGGAGCUCGCGACAACUGGAUGGUGGAGAGAGUAA